GCUGGGAAGGAGGCUCUAGAUGGCGGCUGUGCCUUAGAGAGAGCGCGCUCUGCUCCCUGCCUUCGCCUCACUUUACGCAACUUUCCCUAACUUUCAGGCAGCCUCAGGGGGCCCCCGCAGCCCCCUGCCUCUCCUGGUGACUUACUAGGGUCGAUUCGAACCUUUUUUAGGGAGAAAAGCAGCUUUUGGGAGCUUUCUUUUCGUGCCUUGUUGGAAAGAAGCAGCCGUACUGAGAGCCCAGGUCGUUGUUUUUUCCAGCUUAGAAGCCAUGGCGCACCUCCAUUUUUGUGCGCUCUCCUAAUGAGGUUUUUUUUCUUCCGGACCCGUUUUAGGAUUAAUUGUUGCUUUAUUUUUUUGACCAGUUAACAUAUUUGAGGAUAAUUUUAUUUAUUUUUUGUUUUUUAACGGAGAAUUUUGUUUUUAUUUUUAAUUAUUUGGGAUCUGAUAUUUUUCUACUACUAGAUAGCACUCUUGCUUUGGACCUACUACAUGGAUCAGUAAAUACCUGGGCACAGGACUUCAAAGCAAACACAGAUUCCCCCUCCCCCUUAAUAUUUAAGAAUUAAAAGAUGAUGAGAAAUAAGGACAAAAGCCAAGAGGAGGACAGUUCGCUACACAGCAAUGCAUCGAGUCAUUCAGCAUCUGAAGAAGCUUCGGGUUCAGACUCAGGCAGCCAGUCGGAGAGUGAGCAGGGCAGCGAUCCGGGAAGCGGACAUGGCAGCGAGUCGAAUAGUAGUUCUGAGUCUUCGGAGAGUCCAUCGGAAUCUGAGAGCGAGUCGGCAGGUUCCAAAUCCCAGCCGGUUCUUCCAGAAGCCAAAGAGAAGCCAGCCUCUAAGAAGGAACGGAUAGCUGAUGUGAAGAAGAUGUGGGAAGAGUACCCUGAUGUUUAUGGGGUUAGGCGGUCAAACCGAAGCAGACAAGAACCGUCACGAUUUAAUAUUAAGGAGGAGGCAAGUAGCGGGUCUGAGAGUGGGAGCCCCAAGAGAAGAGGCCAGAGGCAGCUGAAAAAACAAGAAAAAUGGAAGCGGGAGCCCUCAGAAGAUGAACAGGAACAAGGCACCAGUGCAGAGAGCGAACCAGAGCAAAAAAAAGUGAAAGCCAGAAGACCUGUCCCCAGAAGAACAGUGCCCAAACCUCGGGUUAAAAAGCCACCUAAGAGUCAGCGUGGAAAGAGGAAAAAGCAGGAUUCUUCUGAUGACGAGGAUGAAGAUGAUGAAGCUCCCAAAAGGCAGACUCGCCGCAGAGCAGCUAAAAAUGUUAGUUACAAGGAAGACGAUGACUUUGAGACCGACUCAGACGACCUCAUCGAGAUGACUGGAGAAGGGGUGGAUGAGCAGCAGGAUAAUAGCGAAACUAUUGAGAAGGUCUUGGAUUCAAGGCUGGGAAAGAAAGGAGCCACUGGAGCUUCUACUACUGUAUAUGCAGUUGAAGCUAAUGGAGACCCUAGUGGCGACUUUGACUCUGAAAAGGAUGAAGGCGAAGUCCAGUACCUCAUCAAGUGGAAGGGCUGGUCGUAUAUCCAUAGCACGUGGGAGAGUGAAGAGUCCUUACAGCAGCAGAAAGUGAAGGGCUUAAAAAAACUAGAGAACUUCAAGAAGAAAGAGGAUGAAAUCAAGCAAUGGUUAGGGAAGGUUUCUCCUGAAGAUGUGGAAUAUUUCAACUGCCAACAAGAGCUAGCCUCAGAGCUGAACAAACAGUAUCAGAUAGUAGAACGAGUGAUAGCUAUGAAGACGAGCAAAUCUACACUGGGUCAAACAGAUUUUCCAGUUGCUGAUCUGUACAUUUUUAUAUGUGAAACAGCUCAUAGUCGGAAGCCGGCACCUUCCAACGAACCUGAAUAUCUAUGCAAAUGGAUGGGACUGCCCUACUCAGAGUGCAGCUGGGAAGAUGAAGCCUUGAUUGGAAAGAAAUUCCAGAGCUGCAUCGACAGCUUCCAUAGUCGGAACAACUCGAAAACCAUCCCGACAAGAGAAUGCAAGGCUCUGAAGCAGAGACCACGAUUUGUGGCUUUAAAGAAACAGCCGGCAUAUUUGGGAGGAGAGAAUCUGGAGCUCCGAGAUUAUCAGCUAGAAGGUCUCAACUGGCUUGCUCACUCCUGGUGCAAAAGUAACAGUGUAAUCCUUGCUGAUGAAAUGGGCCUAGGAAAGACCAUCCAGACCAUAUCAUUCCUCUCCUACCUGUUCCACCAACACCAGCUGUAUGGCCCCUUUCUUAUAGUCGUCCCUUUAUCCACCCUCACCUCAUGGCAGAGGGAGUUUGAAAUCUGGGCACCAGAGAUUAACGUAGUGGUUUACAUAGGUGACCUGAUGAGCAGAAAUACGAUACGCGAAUAUGAAUGGAUUCACUCUCAGACCAAAAGGCUGAAGUUCAAUGCACUUAUAACAACAUAUGAGAUCCUCUUAAAAGAUAAGACUGUGCUGGGCAGUAUUAACUGGGCCUUUCUGGGAGUGGAUGAAGCCCAUCGGUUGAAGAAUGAUGACUCUUUAUUGUAUAAAACUCUGAUUGAUUUCAAGUCCAACCAUAGGCUCCUGAUUACGGGGACCCCUCUUCAGAAUUCCCUCAAAGAGCUCUGGUCCUUGCUGCACUUUAUUAUGCCGGAGAAGUUUGAGUUCUGGGAAGAUUUUGAAGAAGACCAUGGGAAAGGGAGAGAGAAUGGCUAUCAGAGUCUUCAUAAGGUGCUGGAGCCUUUCCUUCUCCGGAGGGUGAAAAAAGAUGUGGAGAAAUCCCUUCCUGCCAAAGUGGAACAGAUUCUCAGGGUGGAGAUGUCAGCCCUUCAGAAACAGUAUUACAAAUGGAUUCUGACCAGGAAUUACAAGGCUCUUGCCAAAGGAACAAGAGGCAGCACAUCUGGUUUCCUUAAUAUUGUGAUGGAACUGAAAAAAUGCUGCAACCACUGUUAUCUGAUUAAACCCCCCGAAGAAAAUGAAAGGGAAAAUGGACAGGAGAUUCUUCUGGUGCGUGCUUACCUUUCCCUGAUCAGGAGCAGUGGGAAGCUGAUUUUAUUAGACAAACUGUUGACAAGACUUCGAGAAAGAGGGAACAGAGUCCUUAUCUUCUCUCAGAUGGUGAGAAUGUUGGAUAUCCUGGCUGAGUACCUGACUAUUAAACACUAUCCUUUCCAGCGUCUGGAUGGUUCCAUCAAGGGAGAAAUUCGAAAACAGGCACUGGACCACUUCAAUGCAGAUGGGUCUGAGGACUUCUGUUUCCUGCUCUCGACAAGGGCUGGUGGCCUGGGAAUCAAUUUGGCUUCAGCGGACACAGUCGUCAUCUUUGAUUCGGACUGGAACCCCCAGAACGACUUGCAGGCACAAGCCCGAGCCCACAGAAUUGGUCAGAAGAAGCAGGUAAAUAUUUACCGCUUGGUUACAAAGGGGACCGUGGAGGAAGAAAUCAUAGAACGGGCCAAAAAGAAGAUGGUUUUGGACCAUCUGGUGAUUCAGCGCAUGGAUACCACUGGCCGGACGGUUCUAGAAAACAACUCUGGAAGGUCCAAUUCAAAUCCUUUUAAUAAAGAGGAGCUGACAGCAAUUUUGAAAUUUGGAGCAGAGGAUCUCUUCAAAGAACUUGAAGGGGAGGAAUCAGAACCUCAGGAAAUGGAUAUAGAUGAAAUUCUACGCUUGGCUGAAACCAGAGAGAAUGAAGUCUCAACAAGUGCAACAGAUGAGCUUCUGUCACAAUUUAAGGUUGCCAACUUUGCAACAAUGGAGGAUGAAGAAGAGCUAGAAGAGCGACCUCACAAGGACUGGGAUGAGAUCAUUCCAGAGGAGCAAAGGAAGAAAGUAGAGGAGGAAGAGCGGCAGAAGGAGCUGGAAGAAAUUUAUAUGUUGCCUCGAAUUCGGAGUUCCACUAAAAAGGCUCAGACAAAUGACAGUGACUCUGAUACUGAGUCUAAAAGGCAGGCUCAGAGGUCCUCUGCCUCUGAAAGUGAGACGGAUGACUCUGAUGACGACAAGAAGCCCAAGCGCAGAGGGCGCCCCCGAAGUGUGCGGAAGGACCUCGUGGAGGGAUUCACCGACGCUGAGAUCCGGAGGUUCAUCAAGGCAUAUAAGAAGUUUGGUCUCCCUCUUGAACGGCUGGAGUGCAUAGCACGUGAUGCUGAGCUGGUAGAUAAGUCUGUGGCAGAUCUGAAGCGCCUGGGGGAAUUGAUUCACAACAGCUGUGUGUCAGCAAUGCAGGAGUAUGAAGAGCAGCUGAAAGAGAAUGCCAGCGAGGGGAAAGGACCAGGGAAAAAGAGAGGUCCAACUAUCAAGAUAUCUGGGGUUCAGGUUAAUGUGAAGUCUAUUAUCCAACAUGAAGAAGAGUUUGAGAUGCUGCAUAAGUCUAUCCCUGUAGACCCUGAAGAAAAAAAAAAAUACUGCUUAACCUGUCGUGUCAAAGCUGCACAUUUUGAUGUUGAGUGGGGAGUAGAGGAUGAUUCUCGCCUAUUGCUGGGAAUUUAUGAACAUGGCUAUGGAAACUGGGAGCUAAUAAAAACGGAUCCAGAGCUUAAGUUAACUGACAAAAUUCUGCCUGUGGAGACAGAUAAAAAGCCCCAGGGGAAGCAGCUGCAGACCCGAGCGGACUACUUGCUGAAGCUGCUCAGGAAGAGUCUGGAGAAAGAGGGGGCCGUGACAGGUGGGGAAGAGGCCAAAUUAAAGAAGCGGAAGCCUCGAGUAAAGAAGGAAAACAAAGCACCGAGGCUGAAAGAUGAGCAUGGAAUUGAGUUUUCAUCACCUAGACACUCAGAUAAUCCGUCAGAAGAGGGAGAAGUAAAGGAUGAUGGCUUAGAAAAAAGUCCAAUGAAAAAGAAACAGAAGAAGAAAGAGAACAAGGAGAACAAGGAGAAACAAAUGAGUUCUAGGAAAGACAAGGAAGGGGACAAGGAAAGGAAGAAAUCCAAAGAUAAGAAAGAGAAGCCUAAAGGUGGUGAUGCCAAAUCUUCCAGUAAAUCAAAACGAUCUCAGGGUCCUGUCCAUAUUACAGCAGGAAGCGAACCUGUGCCCAUUGGAGAGGAUGAGGAUGAUGACCUGGACCAGGAGACAUUCAGCAUAUGUAAGGAGAGGAUGAGGCCUGUGAAAAAGGCACUGAAACAGCUGGAUAAACCUGACAAGGGGCUCAGUGUGCAGGAACAGCUGGAGCACACCCGGAACUGCCUGCUAAAAAUCGGAGACCGGAUAGCCGAGUGCCUUAAAGCUUACUCAGACCAGGAGCACAUCAAACUGUGGAGGAGGAACCUAUGGAUUUUUGUUUCCAAGUUUACAGAAUUUGAUGCUCGAAAAUUACAUAAGUUAUACAAGAUGGCUCACAAGAAAAGAUCUCAAGAAGAAGAGGAGCAAAAGAAGAAAGAUGAUGUGAUUGGUGGUAAGAAACCAUUUCGACCAGAGGCCUCAGGUUCAAGCCGGGAUUCCCUGAUGUCUCAGUCCCAUACCCCGCACAACCUUCACCCUCAGAAGCCUCACUUGCCUGCCUCUCAUGGCCCACAGAUGCACGGACACCCAAGAGACAACUACAGUCACCCCAACAAGAGACACUUCAGUAACGCAGAUCGAGGCGACUGGCAGAGGGAAAGAAAGUUCAACUAUGGUGGUGGCAGUAACAACCCGCCCUGGGGUGGUGACCGGCACCAUCAGUAUGAGCAGCACUGGUACAAGGACCACCAUUAUGGGGACCGGAGACACAUGGACGCCCACCGUUCAGGGAGCUACCGGCCCAACAACCUGUCCAGGAAGAGACCGUACGACCAGUACAGCAGCGACCGAGACCACCGGGGACACAGGGAUUAUUAUGACCGGUAUGCAGAGGGCCCUCAGACACCAGGCACUGACCUCUGCGGGGGAGAGACAAGCAGCAUAAACUUACUGCGCUUAUCUACCAGAUGCCCGUUCUUACCAUGUGCCGGACACAGCCCCAGGCACCAUCACGACUCCAAGCGGAGGCGAUCUGAUGAGUUCAGGCCUCAAAAUUACCACCAGCAGGAUUUCCGACGAAUGUCUGAUCACCGCCCCCCUAUGGGCUACCACGGCCAGGGACCCUCGGACCAUCACCGCUCUUUCCACACAGACAAAUUGGGGGAGUAUAAACAGCCCCUUCCCCCGCUGCACCCCGCAGUCUCAGAUCCUCGCUCGCCCCCUUCUCAGAAGUCUCCUCACGAUUCCAAGUCACCCCUGGAUCACCGGUCUCCUUUGGAGAGAUCGCUAGAACAGAAAAACAACCCAGAUUAUAACUGGAAUGUUAGGAAAACAUAAAGGACAGCUUGGAAAGAAGGGGAGUGCAAGAGUCAUUAAGCACCUGGAUGUUUUUGGUCUGGUCCACGGGAGCCAGUUAUCUAGACCAGUGAUGGCGUUUCUGGACACGCUGCUGCUGUCAGCGCGCCGCUGAAGGAGCACUUCAGGGAGUGGGGGGCCUUCCGCUCGGUCCAGCUUUGAUUUGGGUCACCACUCCCACACUUGGGCACCCCAUCCCAUUCCAGCCUGGUCCUGGCCUCCCUCUUGGAUGGGUGCUAGGAGGAAGAGGUGACAUUUUGUCUACCAGCUUCACGGGCUGUUUGCCAGUGAAGGAAGGCGGGAUCUUAGAGUCAUGAAUGUUUUAUCUCCAGGGUCGGCGCGCCCUGGACUUUGGCGCGUGGUCGGGGGAGGCACGUGUGCAUGAAGGCUGCCGGGACCUGCUGAGCAGCACGGGGUUUGGUUCACUAUGAUGUGACAGAUGCUGCUGAUGGGGGGCGGGGCGUGGGGCAGGCGGGUGGGCUCUCGCAUCUUAGGACUUGAAGGGGAGCAGGUACCUCCCUCCAACGUGUUCUUGGGAGAAAUGACACCUGUGGUGCGGGGGGGAGGGCGGGGGGUGGGUGGACAGAAGGGGAAACGACUUCCACAACAGCCACUUCCACACCAACACUAAUUUUCCCACACUGUAUAUUUCAAAGGUUUGGUCUCCUGAGUGGGCCUCCUUUACCCCCUGUGCCAGGGAAAGUAGGGCCUCUGCAGCUGACUUUUGAGGACCGUGAGCUGGGCAGCACUGAAGUGGACAUGGGUCUUGUUUGGUUGGGAGUGGGCUGAAUGCAGGAUCGGGGAGGGGGAGGGUGUGGCCAGGGCGCUGGAAUCCCUGGUGGAUUCCGAUUCCUGUGAAGCGCAGUGACAGUCCCGGGCCUGGAGAGGAGAGGGCCGUGGGAGCAGACCUGCUGACGGGGGCUGGUUGCGGGGAGCACCAGGGCGGGGUGCUGGGGGGGGGAGGGGUUUCCCAGCGUGGGGGGUUGGUAGUGUGGCAAGUGGGGGAGGCGUCAGUGUGGCGGUUGGUCACCCUCUGCAGCUGCAUCUUAGUUCCAUUUGCACAGCUUGAAGAAGUAGAUAUCAUAGAAUCACAUAUCUCCUGCCAUUCAGCUGGUGGGUGGACAGACACGGAGAAGUUACCUGUGGUGAAUGCGUUUCCAGUGCUAGUUGGAGUUCAUUAGAAUUGAACUCAGAAUCUUUUAGAAUGAGAUCAAGUUAAGUCUAAACCUAAGUUCAUUUUUCCCCCCCAAAGGCAAGAAGCAUCCGAGGACAGGGUGACUGAGCUGUGGAUAGCAAGUGUCAGACUAGAGUUGACUUGAGUUAGGACGGGAGGCGAGUUGGUUGCGUUAGCUAAGCAGGCUCCUUUCAUCCUGCUGGUUCUGGGGCCUUCCGUCCUGUUCACUUUGAAUAUAACUUGCCAGUAUUGUUAGAGCAUCCAGAGGCCUUUCCAGAUGGAGACAGAAUAACUGACUUGAACAUACAGUGUGCCUAUACAUGUCCAGGCUCAGAGCCGGUGGAAACCCUUCCGUUGGGCAUACACAGGGUUAAACUCGCCUCGCUAGCCUGAGGGGGCUUCAUGAGAUCCUUGCCACUUGCGUGCUGGUAUCCUGGGCAGCGCCCAGUGAGGCAGAGGCGGCUCUGGGCGCUGUCACGCUCUGCCACCCAGAGCACCCCGGGGCUCGCCUGUGCUGAGGUCCACGUGAGAGGCUGGGUCCGCACAGCCUGUGUGGGGAGCUCAGUGGGCCCACCACCUCCUGAUUGGUUUCUCCUCCUGGUACUUAGGGUCGUUCAUUCUGAGCUUGUACAAAGCGUGCCCGGAGCACAGCCCAGGGGACCACAGAGGAGCCCCCGGCCACAGUCACCUCACUGAGGACGUGUGAGACUGCUCGGUGGGGGAAGAGGAGGUCGUGCCUCUGCUGUGGCCACAGGUUGGGCUUCUUGCCGCCAGUACUGACACUACCUGUGUUUGUCCUGCCCAGGACGAAGAGGAAGGGCAGGCUGGCUUGCAGGUCCUUGAGCCAUCAACGGGACGUGGGUGUGGGCAGCGCGUCCUUUCAGUUAGAGGAGGCCAGGAGGAGGAAUUGGAGGGCCUGCAUUUCAGUACUCAUUGAGGUUUUUUUUCUCUCUGAAGUUGCUGAUAGGAGACGUGAGUUAUUCCCAAAGAUGUCUCAUCAUGAGGAAUAAUAGACUUCCUUUUGUUCACAUUCAGGACUUCUGGUGCCAUAUGAUGUAGCAAAAGGCAGUAUCAGCCAGAUCAGUGUUAAAUUGAUUAUGAAAAGAACAGUAUCCCCAUAAAAGCAUCUAUUUUAGUAUGUCAGAGUAUGUUUGAAGAGUGGGUUGGGAGAAAGGAGGCAUUUCCUCAUUGUCCUAAAAUCAGUAUGAAUACUGUUUGCUUAUAUCAAACCAGAAAUUUGCACAGGUAGGAGUUCUCUCACUUGUGGAUGGGAGAAGCUGCCCCGGGAUCUGUGAGGAUGGUAUUUCAGGAGCCUGGCUUUGAAAGAUUUAGUUAUUAGGUAGAGCAGGGGCUGACGAAGAGGGGAGUUGGCAUCACCCAGAACCUGCAGAGAAACCCGGAUUUACGUGUAUGCCCCAGUCCUGGCAGAGGACACGGUAACCCCAGGCUCCUCCCUGCCGUCUGUCACUGGCCCUGGGCUCCCCCUCCUUUCAGUCAUUCCUUAAUGCCCUUCAACGGGAACCCAGAACACUUCUCACGUCGUGCUGCAGACACUCUUAGCCUGAUGUCCGAGAGCCACAUCAGGGUGCGCGGUGCAAACGCGAUUCAGUUAUGAGGUCACACAGUGACGCUGAAAUCCUACAGACCAAAACCCACUCGUCAGCAGGAGCGGUGGCCCGGGGCCCAGCACCCGCGCUCCUCCGGCUCGUCUGAGGGCUGCCAUGUCGGGCUAGGAGAGCCAGGCCAAGGGUCCAGGCUGCUUUAGUCCGUCUGUGUCCCACUCGGUUGGGCACAGAUGGUUUUUCUUUAUUGUAAAAUUGUGGACUUUUAAAACCUGUUGACUAAACAGUAAUUAAUUUAUAUUUGUGAAAAAAUGCCACUGUCCUAGUGAUUUCUGAUGUAAAUAAUGUUGUUUAUAUAGUAUGUAUUAAAUUUUCCUACAUUGUAAAACUGCUGUACUUUUGAUUCUUGUAUAUUA